AUGGCGGGCGAGGCCCGUGCGGGUGGGGACGGCGCGCUGCGCCGCCUCCUGAGGCUGCACCGCACGGAGAUCGCGGUGGCGGUGGACAGCGCCUUCCCGCUGCUGCACGCGCUGGCCGACCACGAAGUGGUCCCCGAGGACAAGUUCCAGGAGACCCUGCGGCUGAAGGAGAAGGAGGGCUGCUCCCAGGCCUUCCACGCGCUCCUCUCCUGGCUUCUGACCCGGGACGCGGCCGUCAUCCUGGACUUCUGGAGGGUUCUCUUCAAGGACUACAACCUGGAGAGAUAUGCCAGGCUGCAGCCCAUCCUUGAGAGCUUCCCCAAAGAUGUGGACCUCAGCCAGCCCCGGAAGGCAAGGAAGCCCCCGGCCAGUUCCAAGGCCACUGUGCUGCUGCCCAGGCCCCCUGCCAAGAGGAAGGCCCUGGAGGAGCCGCGGACCACCCCGCCCACAGCCCUGUCCCCGAGGGCCACCUCCAGCCCAGGCUCCCAGGCCAAGGCCAAGCCCUCCAAGAAGCCGGACAGCAAUGCAGAGCUACAGUGCCUCCCGCUGGGCAAUGGAAUUCAGACCAUGUCCACUUCGGUCCAGAGAGCCGUGGCCGUGUCGUCCGGGGACGUCCCAGGGGCCCACGGGGCCCUGGAGGGAAUCCUCAUCCAGCAGGUGUUUGGCUCAGCUGGCUCCAAGAAGUGCAUCCAGGUUGGGGGGGAGUUUUACACUCCCAGCAAGUUUGAAGAGCCUGGCGGCGGCAGCGGCACCAAGAACAAGACCCGCAGCGGGGGCGGCGGCCUGAAGACCGUGGUCCGAGCCAAGGGGCCCCAAACGGUUGCCCCUGGUGGAGGCAAUUCGAGGACCGGCCAGCAGGACAGGGCCCCAGCCCCUCCUGCCCUUCCCAGUGAGCCCCAGCCGCACCAGAAGAACGAGGACGAGUGCGCCGUGUGCCGGGACGGCGGGGAGCUCAUCUGCUGUGACGGCUGUCCCCGGGCCUUCCAUCUGGCCUGCCUGUCCCCGCCACUCAGGGACAUCCCCAGCGGGACCUGGAGGUGCUCCAGCUGCCUCCAGGGACGAUCCCAGCAGGACCUGCCCCGGGCUGAGGGGCCCCGGCCCCAGGAGCCGCCUGCAGAGGCCCCGGUCCUCGUGGGACUGAGGUCAGCUGGAGAGGAGGCUAGGGGACUGCCCAGGGAGCCCCCAGCGGGAAUGGAUGCUGCUGUCACCUACAAGCACCUGCUGGCCCCACCUUCUGCAGUCCCCCUUCCUGUGCUGGACCCCUCAGCCCUGCGCCCCCUACUGUGUGUGGGCCCUGAGGGGCCACAGGGCCCAGCGUCCGGCGCGCGAUGCGGCGUGUGCGGAGACGGCGCGGACGUGCUGCGAUGCGCACACUGCGCCGCCGCUUUCCACUGGCGCUGCCACUUCCCCGCGGGCGCCGCCGGGCCUGGGGCCUCCCCGCGCUGCCGAUUCUGCUCCGGAGACCCCGCCCCCUGCCCCGCCCCCGGGGCGGGAGCGCCGGCCGCUAGCCCCGCCCCCAGCCCCGCCCGCCCGGCUCCUGGGACCCCCAAGCUCGGUGCAGCCGCCGGCCCUGCGGCGCAGGCGGGGGAUGAUUCUGCUGGUCAUGAGCCUGUUCUGCACAGGGAUGACCUAGAGUCCCUCCUGAGUGAGCACCCCUUCGACGGCAUCCUGCAGUGGGCCAUCCAGAGCAUGUCCCGCCCGCUGGCCGAGGCGCCCACCUUCCCCUCCUGAUGGGCCACCCACCGCGCUCUGAAAGGAACAGAGGGGUCACGCACCCUCCCCCCGGCAGCUGGCCCGGUUAGGACCAGGAACUGCGAGUUCCAAGGGCUGUCCCCUCUCGGCUGGUCAGCAGCCCUGUCUGAGGGCUGAAAGCCAUCAUGUGCGCGGAAAUUAAAGUCACUUCCGUGGGCUUGA